GCUGUGUUUUCUGUUCGGGUCAUGAACAAAAUCAAACAAUUCCAUGCCCACAGCCUCAAAUCCGGCAUAGAUUUCACCAAAGAUCUCUUACAGGACCUGCUUCAGAUCCCAAACCUUGUUUAUGCUCGAAAACUCUUCGAUCUUUAUCCCACUCCGUGUCUCUUCCUCUACAACAAGCUCAUUCAAUCUUAUUCUGCUCAUCACCAACCCCAUGAAUCCAUCUUCCUCUUCAAUCUCCUCUCCUUCAAUGGCCUCCGACCCAAUCAUCACACAUUCACUUUUGUCUUCUCGGCUUCGGCUUCCAUGUCGUAUCCUCUUCCUGCCCGGAUGCUGCAUUCCCGGUUUUGUAAAUCUGGCUUCGUUUCUGAUUCGUUUUGUUCCACUGCUUUGAUCGAUACGUAUGCGAAGUUGGGGCUAUUGGGCUGCGCACGUAGAGUGUUCGAUGAAAUGCCUGAACGGGAUAUACCCGUGUGGAAUGCGAUGGUUUCGGGGUAUUCGAGAAACGGGGAUAUGAAGUCUGCUACGUAUUUGUUUGAUUCGAUGCCUGAGAAGAAUGUGAUCUCGUGGACCGCCAUGAUUUCCGGGUUUUCUCAGAACGGCAAUUACUCGAAAGCUCUGUCCAUGUUUUUGUGCAUGGAGAAAGAUAAAGCCGUGAAACCGAACCAUAUAACCAUAACCAGUGUUCUUCCAGCUUGUGCAAAUCUCGGGGCGUUGGAGAUUGGCCAAAGGAUAGAGGCUUAUGCUAGAGAAAAUGGGUUUUUUGACAAUGUCUAUGUGAGCAAUGCUAUACUGGAGUUGUACACUAAGUGCGGCAAGGUUGAGGUGGCAAAUCGGGUGUUCGAUGAGAUCGGAAAGAGGAGAAAUUUAUGCUCUUGGAACUCCAUGAUCAAUGGAUUAGCUAUCCACGGGAAAUACAAUGAAGCUCUUGAACUGUAUGCCCAAAUGCUGCAAGAAGGGAUCAAACCCGACGAUGUUACGUUUGUGGGAUUGCUAUUGGCAUGCGUGCAUGGAGGAAUGGUCAUCAAGGGCAGAGAACUGUUCGAGUCUAUGGCUAAAAUUUUUAAUACCUCCCCAAAGCUAGAGCACUACGGAUGCAUGGUUGAUCUCCUUGGCCGUGCAGGAAAGCUGCAAGAAGCUUACAUUCUCAUAAAAACAAUGCCCAUGAAGCCAGAUGCUGUGGUUUGGGGAACACUUUUGGGGGCAUGCAGUGUCCAUGGGAACGAGGAGAUAGCUGAAGUAGCGAGUGAGGCACUGUUCAAGCUCGAACCUUCCAACCCGGGUAAUUACGUGAUCAUGUCGAAUAUCUAUGCCAGAACUGAGAAAUGGGAUGGGGUUUCAAGGCUGAGGAAGAUGAUGAAGAGCCAAAGAAUCACAAAAGCAGCUGGAUACAGCUUUCUGGAGGAAGGAGGUGAGGUCCAUAAGUUUAUGGUUGAAGAUAAAUCACAUCCGAAAUCUGAUGAGAUAUAUGAAGUUCUGAAUGAAAUCUUCCUUAGAAUGAAAUUGGAGAAGAGCUCCUUGUUCUCUGAACUCCAACUUGAACAGCAGCUAUGCACAUUAGAGUAGGAAACUUAGGAGGUUCUGAAUGGCAAAAACUGUCUUAUUCAUCAAUGAAAUGUAUUAUUCCCUUUUUCUCUGA